AUGCGGAAGCACCAAGCUGCCAUGCCACUGCGAGAGGGAGAGGACAGAGGAGUCACCGCAACGCGCCAGCGCCACCGUCUGAUGUCUCCUGCUCCCCGCUGCGCCGUCUCGCUCCCUCCGUCUCCUACUAAUGCCUCCGCUACCAGCACCAGCGGCGGCGGGGGCGGGGUGAAGGCGCAGCGCCACCCGACGUCGUCGCAGGUGAGGCGGCUGUGCAAACAGGGCCGCCUGGACGGCGCGCGGCGGCUGCUCCUCGACGCGCUCCCGCGCCCGCCGCCGCCGCUGCUCUACAACACGCUCCUCAUCGCCUACGUGGCCCGCGCCCUCCCGGAACACGCGCUGCGGCUCUACGCGCUCCUCAACCACGCCGCGCGCCCCGCGCCACGCUCCGACCACUACACCUACUCCUGCGCGCUCACCGCCUGUGCCCGCACCCGCCGCCUCCGCCUCGGGAAAUCCGUCCACGCGCACCUCCUCCGCCGCGCGCGCGCGCUGGCCGACACCGCGGUGCUCCGCAACUCGCUCCUCAACCUCUACGCCUCCUGCGUGCGGUACCGAGGCGGCGGCGGCGUCGACGUCGUCCGCAGGCUGUUCGACGCGAUGCCCAAGCGGAACGCGGUUUCCUGGAACACACUGUUCGGUUGGUACGUCAAGACCGGACGUCCCCAGGAAGCUCUGGAGCUGUUCGCGCGUAUGCUGGAGGAUGGCAUCAAGUCCACGCCAGUCAGCUUCGUCAAUGUCUUCCCCGCGGCGGCCAAGGAAGAUCCCAGCUGGUCCUUGGUGCUCUACGGCCUCCUUGUGAAGCAUGGGAUGGAAUAUGUCAAUGAUCUCUUUGUUGUCAGCUCGGCCAUCGGGAUGUUCUCUGAACUCGGGGACGUGCAGUCAGCUUGGAGGGUGUUUGAGUACACUGCCAAGAAGAACACCGAGGUUUGGAACACGAUGAUCACUGGGUAUGUGCAGAAUGGGAAAUUUGCUGAAGCUAUGGAUCUCGUUAUCCGGUUAAUGGGGUCUAAAGAGGUUCCAAUGGAUGUCGUGACCUUCCUGUCAGCACUUACGGCUGCAUCACAGUCCCAGGAUGGCAGGUUGGGUCAGCAGCUGCAUGGCUACUUGAUCAAAGGAAUGCACGCCACUUUGCCAGUGAUACUUGGUAAUGCACUUGUUGUAACGUACUCGAGAUGUGGCAAUGUCCAAACUGCCUUUGAGCUCUUUGACCGCUUACCAGAGAAGGACAUUGUUUCUUGGAACACCAUGGUCACUGCUUUUGUGCAGAACGAUUUUGAUUUGGAAGGCCUGUUGCUCGUUUAUCAGAUGCAAAAAUCAGGGUUUGCAGCUGAUUCAGUGACACUGACUGCAGUUCUCUCUGCUGCGUCCAAUACAGGAGACCUUCAGAUUGGUAAACAAGCCCACGGUUAUCUCGUAAGGCAUGGCAUUGAGGAUGAGGGCUUGGAGAGCUAUCUGAUUGACAUGUAUGCCAAGUCCGGUCGCAUAGAAAUAGCUCAGAGCGUAUUUGACGACUAUGGUAAUGUCAAAAGAGAUGAAGUCACCUGGAAUGCCAUGAUAGCAGGGUACACACAGAGUGGGCAGCCUGAAAAAGCAAUCUUGGCAUUCCGGGCAAUGCUUGAGGCAAGUCUUGAACCUACUUCAGUGACACUUGCCUCGGUGCUCCCUGCAUGUGAUCCUCUAGGAGGAGGUUUAUGUGCAGGGAAGCAGAUCCAUUGUUUUGCUUUGCGCCGUUGUUUGGACACCAAUGUCUUCGUAGGUACAGCUCUUGUUGACAUGUACUCCAAGUGUGGCGAGAUUUCUACUGCAGAACAUGUCUUUGCUGUUAUUACUGAAAAGAGCACUGUCUCCUAUACAACAAUGAUUUCUGGUCUUGGUCAGCAUGGUUUUGGCGAAAGGGCAUUGUCCCUUUUCUACUCAAUGCAAGAGAAGGGGCUAAAACCUGAUGGUGUGACCUUCUUGGCAGCAAUUUCAGCAUGUAAUUACUCUGGGCUGGUUGAUGAAGGGCUUGCUCUGUACAGGUCAAUGGAAACUUUUGGGGUUGCAGUUACUCCUCAGCACCGUUGCUGCAUUGUGGACAUGUUAGCUAAAGCCGGCAGAGUGGAGGAAGCUUAUGAAUUUGUGCAGGAGCUGGGGGAGGAGGGUAACUUCAUUUCUAUCUGGGGAUCACUGCUCGUGUCCUGCAAAGCACAGGACAAGCAGGAAUUGGUGAAUUUGGUGACAGAGAGAUUGCUUUGCUUUGAGAAGAAGUAUGGCCAUGCUGGUUACAACGUUUUGUUGUCACAUAUUUUUGCUGCUGAGGGCAACUGGAGUAGUGCUGAUAGCUUGAGGAAGGAGAUGAGGUUGAGAGGGUUGCGGAAGAUGGCAGGUUCUAGUUGGAUUAAAGUCCAGGAUGCAGCAUUACAAAGCUCCCCUAAAAAUGGCCAUGAAUACUCGUUGCUGCAUGGGGUUGAUUACAGUAGAGAUGAAAUCAUCUGA